AUGACUGAUGAAAAAAGGCGUCGUAAUUCUGAGGCGUCAAGUGAUUAUUUCAAACUAGAUGCAACCGCUCUCAAUAAACCACCCGAAGAAGUAUUCGAUAUCGUUGGAAAGCUUGGCGAAGGGUCAUAUGGUUCGGUUCACAAAGCGGUGCACCGUGAGUCUGGUCAUGUUCUAGCCAUCAAGAAGGUACCCGUCGACACGGAUCUUCAAGAAAUUAUCAAAGAAAUUAGCAUUAUGCAACAGUGUGAUAGUAAAUAUGUUGUUAAAUAUUAUGGAUCUUAUUUUAAGAAUUCUGAUUUAUGGAUUGUUAUGGAAUAUUGUGGUGCCGGUUCAGUAUCAGAUAUUAUGCGCUUACGAAGGAAAACACUGAACGAGGCUGAGAUUGCAGCUGUGACAAGAGAUGUUCUGAAAGGACUUCGAUAUCUGCAUGAUUUGAAGAAAAUUCAUCGCGAUAUUAAGGCUGGCAAUAUUUUAUUGAAUACCGAGGGACAUGCGAAAUUGGCUGAUUUUGGAGUGGCCGGUCAGCUGACGGAUACAAUGGCAAAGAGGAACACAGUGAUAGGUACUCCAUUUUGGAUGGCUCCAGAGGUGAUUCAGGAGAUUGGUUAUGACACGAAAGCGGAUAUUUGGUCAUUAGGGAUAACGUGUAUGGAAAUGGCUGAAGGAAGACCACCACACGCCGAUAUACAUCCCAUGAGGGCGAUAUUCAUGAUUCCAACAAAACCUCCACCUGUUCUCAAGAACCCUGAGGAAUGGUCGAUUCACUUUGUCGAUUUCAUUGCUAAUUGUCUCAUCAAGAAUCCUGAGGAUCGAAAGCUUGCAAAGGAACUUCUCGACCACUCAUUUAUUGUGAACGCUCCUCCAUCGACAGUUCUACAAGAAAUGAUUGAAGAUGCACGUUCCAUCUCUGCCAGUUGUAAUGACGAAAAUGAGGCCGGUGAGGGAACGAUGAUACGUGGUGUUGAUACAGGCGAUGAUAUGGGUGAUGUCGACGAUGCCACUUUGAUACAACACGAUGUCCCAUAUGCGCUCGCCGAUCGUCUACCAGUACAAAUGCCCACAGCCACCACAACCAGCACAUCAACAACAUCAGAUUCAAUUGCCUCACAGCUGCAGUCAGUACGUCUCUCCGAAUUACCUCCGCCAGGUGGUACUACCCACGUUCUUGGAAUCCAGCAGAAUAAUUUGUACAGUCAAGGGUCGAAUGAGCACGACAUGUUCAACGGACAACUGGAACAAGCAUAUUACGUGAAUGAUAAAAUAAUCGAGCAACAGAAUAAUUUGGCACAGCAGCCGAAAAACAUGUUAUUAUCAAAUAUGGCCAUGGGAUCGGGUCCGGUCGGUGCACCAGACACAGUUUCAUCGAGUGACGAUUCGUCAUUUGUGAACACCUCUGUUUUUGAUGCACCUUUCAAUAACAUGUCGGCUGAUGGAGAUUAUAGUUUUCUUUCUGAAUUGCCCUUAGAAGAAUUGAUUAGGAGGAAGGCGGGUCUUGAGGCAGAAAUGGACAUUGAGCUGCGAGAACUGCAAAUACGAUAUCAAACAAAACGGCAACCGAUUCUCGAUGCUAUUGAAAACAAGAAGAGUAAAACACCAGCUCACUUCUGA